UUGAACGUCUCUCCAAUCACAUCACACGGCGAGCUAGCUAGGAAACAAACACACAUCAACAUACAGCAAACAUUAGACAAGAAUCAAACACGUUCGCAGGAAAAGAAUAGAAGCUAGGGAGGAGGAAAUGGCAGGUGCAGGCGAUGAUGAGAUGAAGCUUCUGAACACUUGGUUCAGCCCGUUCGGAUCCCGAGUGAUGCUUACGCUCCACCUCAAGGGCCUGAGCUACGAGUACAUGGAGGAGGAGGACGUCAUCAACAACAAGAGCCAGCUCCUCCUCGAGAGCAACCCCGUCCACAAGAAGGUCCCCGUGCUAUUCCACAAGGGCAAGAUUCUAUGCGAGUCCAUGAUCAUCGUCAACUACAUUGAGGAGGCAUUCCCCGACGCUGGCCCUUCGCUCCUCCCCUCUGACCCCUACGAACGAGCCAUCGCUCGCUUCUGGGCCGCCUUCAUCGAGACCAACGUGGUGCAGCCCUGGGUGAUGAUGCUAGACGGCACCAGGAGUCGUGAGGAGAUGGGCGAGUUGGUGAAGAAGAUGAUCGCGGCGGUGGUGACCUUGGAGGGCGCGCUGGCGCAGUGCUCCAAGGGCAAACCCUUCUUCGGCGGCGACAGCGUCGGGUACGUGGAUGUCGCGCUGGGCGGCCUCCAGGUGUGGGUGCGCGCAACCGAGGCACUGUUCGGCGGCCUCGGCGUCAACGUCAAGUUCCUCGACGCCGGCAGGACCCCGCUCCUGGCGGCGUGGGCCGAGCGCUUCGUCGCGCUUGACGCGGCCAAGGCGGUCCUGCCGGACUACGGCAGGCUGAUGAAGUACAUCGUGAUGAGGCGGACCGCGGCGGCAUCCGUUUUGGCGCAGACUAAAAACUGAACCAACAUACUCGAUCGGUUCCUAUAUAUGCUCGAUGAAGGUUUACGUGGUGCCAUAUAUUGCCGAUUCAGUGCUCCUGUUCGUUCGUCCUUGGUGCGAUGUUGUUGCACGUGCGGUAUAUGAUCUGUUUAGUUUAUUUUAUCUACUAUGAGGUGUGAAAAGGCUAUUAUGACCUAUGUGUUUUAGAAAAAUAUGUUAUGAGCUAUGUGGUGUGGAAAAUAAAGCUCUUGUGAGUUUUGUGUUGUGUUGUGAAAAAAGCUAUAAACUGUUUCUUUGUAAUAAAUAUGAAACCUGUCCCCUUUUUUAUCUC